UUUGAUCCCGACAACACUGGCUACAUCAGCACUGAGAAGUUCCGCUCCCUUCUCCAGAGGCACGGCUCGGAGCUGGACCCCCACAAGCUGGAGGUCCUACUGGCCCUGGCAGACAGCAACUCUGAGGGGAGGAUCUGCUACCAGGACUUCGUCAACCUGAUGAGCAACAAAAGGUCGAACAGCUUUCGGCAAGCCAUCCUGCAGGGGAACCGGAGGCUGUGCAGCAAGGCACUGCUGGAGGAGACAGGGCUGAGCCUUUCUCAGAGGCUCAUCCGGCACGUUGCAUAUGAAACCUUGCCCCGAGAGAUAGACCGCAAGUGGUACUAUGACAGCUACACCUGCUGCCCUCCACCCUGGUUCAUGAUAACCAUCACUAUUGUAGAGGUUGCCUUUUUUCUUUACAACGGAGUGGUAUUAGACAGAUUUGUGCUACAAGUCAGCCAUCCCUUAUACCUGAAGAAUGCAUUACUUUACCAUCCUCAACUCCGUGCUCAGGCUUGGAGGUACCUAACCUACAUAUUCAUGCAUGCAGGGAUAGAACACCUUGGACUCAAUGUUGUCCUCCAGCUCUUGGUUGGAGUGCCCCUGGAAAUGGUGCAUGGAGCUGCGCGGAUCAGUUUUGUGUAUGUUGCUGGAGUUGUGGCAGGGUCCCUGGCAGUGUCAGUAGCUGAUAUGACUGCACCUGUGGUGGGCUCCUCUGGAGGCGUGUAUGCUCUUGUCUCAGCCCACUUGGCCAACAUAGUCAUGAACUGGUCAGGAAUGAAGUGCCAGUUCAAACUGCUGCGCAUGGCUGUUGCCUUGAUCUGUAUGAGUUUUGAAUUUGGAAGAGCCGUGUGGCUGCGAUUCCACCCCUCUGCUUAUCCCCCAUGUCCACACCCCAGCUUCAUGGCUCACCUGGGAGGGGUGAUGGUUGGAAUCACCCUUGGUGUCAUCAUCCUGAGGAACUAUGAGCAGAGACUCCAAGAUCAGACUUUAUGGUGGAUCUUCCUUUCUAUUUAUGUCAUUUUUGUCUUGUUUGCCAUCUUCUGGAACAUUUUUGCCUACAGCCUGUUGGAUCUAAAGCUACCUCCCCCUCCUUGAUAACACGGGACAGAAACUCGAGAACAGAAGUCAUCUGUCAGCUAUGUUAAGUGAAUGAAGAUGGAGGAUCUAUUUUUGUAUUUAACUUAGGGGAGGAUGAUUCUUUUGAACACAGGUGUGUGCUGGAGGAGAUGCUUGAAGAUCUCAUGCAAGAAUGGGCUGGUCAGUCUGUUCACAAGUCUAGCAGGUACUGUAAGACUGGCUGGCCUGGCCCUGCUCCACUGGCAGGGCUCCCAUGGGGCAGCUUACACCUGGGCACUGAGCACUUGGUUUGUUAGCACACAUCAGGAUUUUGUACAAGAUAUUUGUAUUUUCCAGGUGGAAUUAUGGCCGGUGGUUGAAGGAAUCUCCUCAAUGUCACUGAACACUAAAAAGGAAGCAAGCAGACAUUUGCUCAUGAGAGACUCGCAUGGUACUCACAAGGCAGCUUGGGUUUGGUUUCUGUGGACACAUUUGACUGUUCAGCCAUACCAGUGCCACUGUCUAAUUACUUGAAUGCUUUCUAGGAUAUUUUAGCCUAUGGUAAAACCUGUAUUAUGCACCUUUCAAAGGAAUCAGCAGAACUCAAUCACCCAAAGUGAUGGAGACUGGUCUUAACUACAGGUCAAAUGAAAUUGCACUAUAAACCUUGGGAAUCUUAGAGUGUUGUGAACACCCAGCCAGAGGUGACUUUUGCUGUGCAUGUUUCACCUGAUUUUAGUUCAUUAUCCCCCCUCCCCAGCCUGCUGUGGCAGAGGGUGUGGUUGGGGGUUGUGUUUUGGGAUGGAGUAAAAGGAGGGCAAAUGUUCAAUUGUGUUUUUAUCAGCUGACAAUCAGGUGCUGUUUUCUUCUCACUUUAUUCCUGGCCACACUGAUUUAACACCUAGCCUGCAGUGAGCUCCUAGCAAGGAUCUCAACUCUUCCAGCAGGCUCUUACUAGAAAAGUGGGACCAGAAUCACCUAUAGCAGUGCAGGGUAGGAACAAUCUAAUCUUUACAGCCAUACAGUCCAACUAGGACCAUACCUGUCCACAGAAGUCACUGGAGUUACAUCAGGUUGUGCAUAGCAUUAGUUUCCCACUGAAGUGGACAGGGUGUUACGGUGUUGCAGUGAUCAUUGUGAAAUUGAUAAAAGUGGUUCAGGGGCUCCAGGUAACAGUUAGUUGCAAUGAUGCCUUUUUCUUUAACAUUGGCCAAGCCAGGUUUUAGCAAUCUGUCUGGUCUGUAGCACAGCCCGGAUUGCCUGCCCGGAUCUGGAGAUCAGACCGGAACUUCCGUGGCACAAACAGUGCUGGUAGAGACUCUUCUCUGUAAGGUGCUUAUGUUACUUUUCAUCUCACUUUAGAGAGCUGCCAAACUACAGUCCAGGACUGUGGAUGCCCUCCUUUUCUCUCCCACUUACCCACCUAGUUCAAUGCCCUGGAUAAAACAGCCAUAGGAGUCUCUCUAGAGUAGUUUCUCUCAUUCUUUUCGCUAUUUGCAUGCUGGUGCCCAGGCACCAGCCACCAGAGCCUUCCACAGCUUAUCUCACAGGCACUGUAGCAGUUGUGUUUGCUCUGUAGCAAAAUGUCUCUGUAUCAUGGGCUUUAUUCUCUCAGUUGUGCAAUGAGUACUGCCAGAUAUCCCACACUAGGAGGAGCCUGUCCUUCUAGAGGGGGCAUUCACAAGUGUUUAUCAGCUGUGCCCUUUUUUGCCUCUUACUGGAGAAAUAUCUCUGGUCUGGAAGGGUAAAGUUCUGCUCCCAGGGUAUGCAUAGUACAACUCCUGUUGCCCUGGGGGAAGUACGGGGGCAGAAAGUAAGUAUUUCUACAGCCUGGAAUAAGCCUUACCUGCAAAAGAAACAAUCUUGGUACCUUUGUGCACAGGAAUGGGAUCUCUGAGGGCAAUUGCACCUUUGUUGUAUACUACAGUGUUCAUGGGUCAUCAGAUCAAGGAACAAGAGGAGGGCAUGUUUGUUUUGGAGAAAGGGGUUGGUUCCUGUGCCAUUUCACCUCUGCAGUUUGGGUCCAAAUCAAAGCAGUCAUGAGAGUUUACAUGUGCAUCAUUUCAGGUGCUGGCCCUGUGAGUUCUGUAGCAGUGGAGAUCAUCUCCCUGGGGAGCAGCAGGCAAGCAGAAGAGCUAGGACAGUAUUGACAGGAGCAUGCUUAACACGUAAGGAGGACAUUCCUUUUCUCACCUAUUGCUAAGCCUUCUGAUUACACAUGCCUUUAAAACAGAUGUGAGCAGAAAUGGGAAUUCUUUGGAAGUUUUAGGAAAACUUUGAAAAUUUUGGUAGAAAAUUUCUAUUGCAACAAAUCCUAGAGUAUUUUACCUGUAAUCAACCAGUGUGCAGUAUGCACCAACUGACUUGCAUUUUUGGUUUCUCAUCUGAAAGCUACUUAAUGCCCAUCAGUUUCUCCCCAGUAAACAUUUCUGUUCCUGUCAGUGGUGUGCUCUAGGGUGAAGCAGCAAGCUACAUGUUCAAGGGCCACCAGCUUCUUCAUCAGCCUGACUUUGGACAACAUAUCUUUGCCUUUGCUCAGGAGUAGGAGAGAGCUGAGCAGGGUAAUCCAGGCACCAUUUUUUAGUUCUCUAUCCAUAGAUGAACAUAGUUAACAUGAACUGGUUGAAAACAGCUCUGAGGUUGAGCUUACAACUUGUUCUUUUAAACUGUUGCUCAUCUUUCUGACUUCAAUUCUGUGUCCCCAUAUCCUAUCUGAGCAAGUCUACAAGCAGCCCUGGGGAUCAGAAAGCCCAGACUUCAAAGCAAUAUUAGAUGUAUUGUAGGUGAAGAUAUGAAACCCUCUCACAUUCCUGCUCAUCAGAGCUGAAUUCCCUCCCCCCCAUACAUAGAGCAAGUUGUACACAGAGCCUGUUGUCUGCUAAGAACCUAUCAGCUCAAGGAGUCAGGAGCAGCACAAAGUGCUUAAGCUUUUAUAAUUUUAUUUCUUUCAUCACUAAAAUGACACUGUGAUAACUUGAUAUGUUUUUACAGAGUAUCAGGUAAUCCAGUUAUGUUGUUUUCUAAUGCACCCGGAGUGCCAUGGUGCUGCAGCACCAGAAAGCUAAUAGCAGCCAGGCUUUUCCUUUACCUCCAGAUGUCCUUGAAGCUGCUGGCUUAUAUCAGACGUAAUAUUCUCCAUCCUGCUCAUUUGUGGUUCCAACUUGUCUCAGUAACAACUUGUUCCAGAAGGAGCCGUCCACUGAGGGUCUGGUUUUGGUGAUUCUUUUGGUCUUAUUUCAGCUGCUGCCAGGCUUUUACAUCAGUCAGAGAAAAUGUGAAUCUUUUGAACCUUAUGGAUGUGCAGUGCUAGAGCGGAAGGUGAGGACUGUUACUGACAGAUGGAUUUGAACAGUGCACGUUAGAGGAAGUUAUUUUAUGCUCGUGUCCUUGGGUUAGGACACACCUGUGCUGGACUUCCCUUUUAGUAAGAAUAUUGCAGCACUGGCUCAGGAUGGGUGCAGGGAGCAGUAGUGCAGACUGGGAGAGCAGGGGGGCUGGCUGCAGAGCUCCUUCAGGGACAUCUGCCGGCAGUGCGGCACAGCACAGCACAAGACGGGGCUUGCCAAUUGCACCUUUGAUUCCUAGAUGCUUGGAGACAGAGAUUAAUUUUGCACACAUUGGUAAGGAGGAGGGGGAGAUUUGGACUGAUGGGAAAGGAGGUUACAAGAAACCAUCUCUGAGUGAGGUGCAGAGGAGCUGUAAAAUGCUGAUGAAUUCACUUUUGAGUUUACUUGGAGUUCUUAACCAACAACUCACUCUUUCCCCAUCAGUCGAUGAGAAAUCUUAGCACUUACGUGGCAUACUGUGAUUCUUCACUACUUGCUCCUUUAGCAGUAGGAAGUAUUUUAUCAAUGGGAGAGGCAGAGGCCAGAGAAAUUAUUAUUGUUUGAGAUUGCUGGACUAGAAAUAAAGAGAUUCUGUAUCCCAGGACCUUGCUCCUUCUGAUGGGUUAUACUGCCCAGAUGAGAUAGUUUCAGUUUGAACUGGGGUAUGAAGGGUGGAAUCUGACACAUUUAGAGCUGGUGCUAAAAUGACAGCUAUCUGCUGACCUCACAAAACUGCCGCUGUUUGUGCCAAUAUUUAGUCUCACAGGAUGGUGGGUAGGACUUUCACGCACACUUCAGUGGGACUUUCACACCUACUUCAGUGAAUAAAGAGCUCAAAGUCUGUUUACAUAGAUCCAAGCUCAGCUCAAUUGCUUUGGAAACCCCACACACUGGCUUUACCCAAAGUGGAACUGGAGGAUAAGGAUGUAGUUCAACACCGGCAACCUCUGGAGGUAAGCUGGGAUCUGGAGAGCAAAGGCCAGCACCUAUGGGGUUUCAGCCUCUUUGAAUAUUGCUGCUGUUGUGUUUCUUUUAUAGCAGUGGCUUCUCUGCAGUGCUGUGUGAUAGGACUCAAAAAUUCCUUCCGCAAUCACUGAUGCUGAGAGCUGGUUAUAAAGGAAAACAGUGCAUUUUUCAGCUCUAUAAAGAAAGAAUCACACAUAAGGCAAAAACCAAGCUUGGUUAAAGGUAAAUGUAUUUUUAAUAUCACCAUUAAUCAUUGGCUUUCAAUUGGAAAAAGCUUUCUAAUGAGGUAUUUCUGAAAUGCCAGUAGUAACAUAGAAAAAUGUAUGUUUCAGGGUACUUUACAUCACAGAGCACAAAAUAUUCCCUAGGCCUGAUUUAAGAAGGAAAAGUACCUUAAAUUUCCAGUAAGCUUAAUAGAUAGGUUAGUCACUGACUGUCUUCUGACUCCCCCACAGUGUCUGUUUAGUUUGCAAAUAAAGCUAGGUUUAUGCAGCUUGUCUUCUGCUUACGCUAUAAUGCUACCAACACAGUCAAGUGUUAAACACAGAGCACUAAGCAAUGUAAUUUUAUGCCUUAAAAUACUGAAGAAAUGAUACUUUCCCGUUAAGGGCUAGUAAAACAAAAUGGUAUUUGCAAGGUAAGAGGCUAUGGUAUGUUUCCAAAUAUUUUUGUAUCGUGCACAUUCUGUAUAUUUUUGUUGUAACAAUAUUAUUUGAGUGCAGAAUCCAUUAAAUUUUUUUUGCUGGUGGGUUUUUUUUGUUUGUUUGUUUUGCAUUUAUUUUUUCCUUGUUUUGUAUAAAAUGCAGCUGUUCUAUGUGCCAAAACCCA